AUGUUUUAUAAAAAUAGAAGCUAUCUAUUUGGUAUUAUUUUUUUUAUAACUUUUCUACCAAAUAUUAUUAUUUGCGAUGAAGAAUGUAUGAAAAAAGUUGAAAAAGUUGUACUGGAACGUUGUAGUGGAUCUGGAUCACGAAGAAAAAGAAAUUCUAAAAAUUAUAAAGGUGAUUUACCUGUUCAAAGGCUUAAUUUAGAUUCAACAGAAAUAUUAAAAAUACUAAACAGAACAGCAAGAGACAAUGCUCCACAUACAGUCAUCAUCGUCAGUCAUCCUCUUGAAAAAAAACAGAACAAUCAUUCACGAGUUUUUGAAGACGUAUUUUUUCAGGAUGAUGAUAAAAAUUUCGAUAUUUAUUUGAGUGAGAGUGAUAUACGCACACUUUAUGAAACUAUGGCAACACGGAUUCCGAGGAAUAUGGAUGAAAAUUACAUUGUGACCUACUUUGCUGAAAUUGCUGCAAAAUGUUGCAACGACAUCGAAUUUUGUAUGAAACAGGAAAACAUGGUUUCCUGUCCCGACGAUUGAAAAUAAAAAAAAUAAUAUAAAUAUAAUAAUUACUGUGUUAACUAAAAUGUAAAAAAAAAAAAACAAUACAUUUUUAAUUAA